AUGAUGAAUAUACGAAACAUCUAUGAUUUGACUGUGUAUCUUAUUGUUUAUGAAAGGGUUUGUAAACUAAGUAGAUUAGUUAGACGAUAUUCCAGAGCGAGUUUUACAUUGCUGUUGGUCAUGCCAACUAUAACCAGACGCAGACAGGGGGUGUUGGUGGUGGUGAGUAUGUUAGACAGCAAGAACGAAAGAAACGAGAACUUUCUUCUGUAUUUACAAUUUUUAGACUAUGCUUGUGAAAUGGACAGAAGGAGAAACAAUCGCAGAGAGAGAAAGAGAGAGACAAAACUGUACACAGUGGACAACCAAAUAAAAAAUCAAACAAAAAAAAGUGAGAGAGAGAGAGAGAGAGAGAGAGAGGACGAAGUCAAAGAAGAGGAAAAAAAAAUAAACCAUGAGAAAUAA